AGUCGCGUUAUUAGGGGGACUGCUUUGUCGUUGUUGAUGUAUCAUGGACCGUGUGAUGAUUUAAACAGGCAUGCGCUUUCUCUUUCCAGGCCACCGCUACCUGGGACCCGGGAAUCCUCUAAACAACGGAGAGCCCGUGGACGAGGACGACUCUAUUGCCCGGGAGCACGACAGGAGGUACUCGGACGCAAAGACCGACCAGGACGUGUUUGCAGCCGACAAGGACGCCAUCCGCGACUUUGUGGGCGACUGGGCCGACAGAGGAUCUUUCCACUCGUUAGUCGGUGCUGCGGGACUCGGUCUCAAGAAUUUGGUGGAAGAAAAGGUACUCGGUCGUUCCCUCUAUGGACGAAGUGGAGCAAUGUCCGGACGGAAACGUGGUCACAGUGAAUGCAGCGGGAGCUCACCAGAAUUUAAAAAGCUCUACGGUAGCAGCGUCGAAAAUUUCAUCAACCAGGCCCUCUACUCCGGAGAGCGAGCCAGGGCUGAUAGCACCACCGGUAACGAGGAAGAAGAGCAGUCGCAAGCCUUGCGGAACGAAGGAGGAGCCGGCGUUGGAAGUAACGCUGCGAAUGACGGAGUCGUCGUACAGCAGAUUUUGCGCAUCCCCCGAGACAAAGGAAUGGUUCGGGUGCAUCGUGACAGUAAACUACUUACCACCUGGGGCUAUGUCACAGUGCUAACCGAGAUUACCUAUGCGCACAGCUACAAGUACAAGGGCUACCAGACCUCGAUGAGCAGACUACCCGUCGAAUAUCUGUACCUCUACAUGACUCCGGCGCAUUUCAAUAUGCUAUCCGACAACACCAAGGCCAUCAAGUGCAGUGCCAAAAUUACACCGCACGGCAUUCGCACUCCAUGGAAGACUGGGAGCAGCGUCGUACAACCCGUCAAUUCGGACAUGAUGGUAUACGGCGUGAGCGCAGUGGGCCUUAACCUAUCUCUGGACACUGGCAUGUGCGUUCCCGGUCCCGGUGGCGCAGACAAUGCCAUGUAUACAUCCAACCCCACAGAGUUUAAAGACGCGGACCACAGACACCUCAUUGAAAAGUAUUGGGGCAUGAGCAUGGACGAAAACCUGAUCAUGACAAAGUCGGAAAAGAUACCAACGUGUAUGGGUGUUCCACGCCACAACAAGUGCUACGACUUUAUUCACUGUGCCAACUUUGCUCCUCGCACCAACAAGUUUGUCAACGUGUAUCCCUUCAAGAGCCACAUUGGAACACCCAUCAUCAACUACGAGUACGAGUUUGAAAACGCUUGGAUCAAGACUUGUCCACCGUAUUGCGGCAACAGCAGGACCUAUGUUGCAGCACCGGUCGACAGCCUGACCAAGACGGCCUCUAGCCUGGACAACGACAAGGAGAACCCUCCAGGUGUUUCCUCGGCAACCAAACUCUCCCUAAACACGGAAGUUACACGGUACACCAAUCCAAUCGAACGUGAAUGGGGCCGCCAGGGACUCGGACCUCAUCCCAACUUGCACGCUGCUCAACCUAGUGUGGGUUUCGGCAUCAUGGCCGUAUCUAAAAAGAAUCUGGACCAACCGGGAUCGGGGGACAAGUUUCAAGAAGUUGCUGCCUUUUUCCAGGUCGACACUGAAAUUGUGCUGCACACGGAUAUCGUCACGAUUAAUCCCAUGGAUACUUGCUACCCGGCAAAGGAGCAACACUAUGAAAAGACCAACUUUGGCAUGUACGUGCCGUACAACCGGCAGACGCACCUGGGCCAAUACACAUACCUUCCCAAGACAUCAUCCCACCUCGUUCCUUUUGAACCGUAAAUUUUUAUUGCGUUCUCGAGUUGUUGAAUAAAACCGUAUACUCUACU